GAGUGGAAUUGCCUAAUUAAGUGCAUCAUAAUAUUUUUGUAUCAAUAGAGGAGCUGUUGACUCAAUCAAGAUGUUUAAAAUACGUAAAGCUAAGGAUGAGGAGCCAACUGCUCCAGGGCAGGUGAAAAUUAAAAAGAGGUCAAACGUGCCUGGAGUUAUGGUUACCCAAUAUGUAGAAGAAAUGCCUGAAAACAUGGCCACGCCAGAUUUCACUCGGAAACCCAUUGCUCUAACUAUUCAAGAAGGAAAAUUAGCUAUCUUCAGAGCAGUAAUUACUGGCACACCAACACCAACUGUAACCUGGGCAAGAAACAACGGAGAAAUUGAUGAAAGGUGCCAAAUUGUCUACGAUACAAGUACCAGUGAACACCAACUACAUAUGCCUGAUGUAUCGGCAGAUCAAGCUGACACCUACAAGUGUUUUGCCAGAAAUGAAUAUGGAAAAGCGGUCGUAACUGCUGUGCUUAAUAUUAUUGAGGUUGGCUAUAAAAAGAGCAGAGCCUUGCAGCAAUCAAGAACAGCCAUGUAUGAUUAUUAUUUUGUGUGUUUAAUAAUAUCAGUUUCUUCUCGUAGGGUUGAAAUGGAGGCUAAAGAAGAAACAAAAACAGAAAUCGAUGACAAGUUCUGGGAUCUGCUGAUGAGCGCAGACAAAAAAGAUUACGAAGCCAUCUGUGCUCAGUAUGGUGUCACAAAUUUCCGUUGGAUGCUGAAGAAACUUAAUGACAAGAAGGAAGAAAGGGAGAAAGAGCAAGAAAAGGUUGUUGAAAGACUAUGCAACCUAAAGCCCAUUGAAAUGAGAGAUGAUGGUGGUGCAGAGUUUGAACUUGAAAUGUCACUUAAGGACCCAAGCAGCAAAAUCUUCUUAUUCAAGGACGGAGUUAUGAUUCCUUUUGAAGCUGACACAGAUGUAAAACAUGGACUUAGGCGGGUGGGAAAGAAGUUUGUCUUUAGCAUCAAUGGUGUUGACGCAGAGGAUGCAGGAUUAUACCAAGUGGAGGUUGAUGGGGUUAAGAUCUUCACAACUGAGUUCAAACCUCCACCUAUAGACUUUUUGGUCAAGAUUGAAGACGUGAAAGCAGAGGAAAGAGAGGACGCUGUGUUUGAGUGCGUUGUCUCACAUCCCCUGAAGAGGUUAACUUGGAUGGGAAAGAAUAUCACACUAGAGCAAGGGGAUAAAUUUGACAUCACUGUGUCAGAGGACAUGCUGAUUCACACAUUGGUGGUAAAGGACUGCAAGUUAUUGGACAAAGGAAUUUAUGCUGCUGUGGCUGGAAUUAAAUCCUGCAGCGCUUGGCUUAUAGUGGAAGCGGACACUGAUCCAAACACACAUGGAAAGAAGAAAGCUCGCAAAACAACCAGAGCAGGUGGUGGUGGAGAAGAACUUUUGAGGAUUGCUCAGGAGCAACAGGCGAAGAUACAGAAAGAGAGAGAUGAGUUGAUUGCAAAGGCAAAGGCUGAGGCAGAAAUAGCAGCUGCAGCAGCCGCCGCAGCUGCAGCUGAGAAAGCAGAAGCCGAAGCAAAAGCAAAAGCAGAAGCUAAAGCGAAGGCAAAAACGAAGGCAAAAGGAAAGUCAGUAGAAGAAGAAGGGACAGAUGAAGCAGACUCAGCCACUGUGGUAGAGGAGGAAGACGAAGAAGUGUCCGAACCCGCAUCAUUAGAACCCACACAGGAAUCUCCAGUUGCUGAUACUGAAGAAGAGGAGCCCAUUCAAGAGAAAAGAAAGAGAGUGAGAAAUGGCCAACUUGUCCCUGAUACAGUCAUUGACCCAGGAGUAUACUUCACCAGUGGACUGUCGGAUGUAAACGCCAUCAUUGGUACUGAAGCAGAACUGGUCUGCAGGCUGAGCAGUGAGGACUGUGAUGGAGUCUGGUACAAAGAUGGGACAGAGAUAACCGCUACAGAUGAUAUCUGUAUUGUUAAAGAUGGGACUUAUCGCAAACUAAUUAUCAAAAAUUGCAAAGAAGAUGAUGCUGGAAAGUAUCGAUGUGAAGCCGAUGGACGUAAAACAGAAGCUGUGCUAAAUGUUGAAGAUCCUCCAAGAAUUAACCCUGAUGACCUCACUGAGUUCAUAAAACCUGUUAUAAUCAAAACUGGGAAAGAUGCAGCAUUCAAGCUGUCCUUUGUUGGCCGGGAACCCAUGAAGAUCCAAUGGUACAAUGAGGGCGAGGAGCUGCUGGAGGACACACACAUCAGGAUCGAGAAGUCUUCCUCAUACAGCCGCCUGCUGCUAACCAAGUGCCAACGCAAAACCACAGGAGAAAUAAAGAUUAAGAUUAAAAAUGAAUGCGGAGCAACUGAGGCCAUCUCGCAACUCAUUGUAUUAGAUAAACCAACACCACCCUUAGGCCCUGUUGAUAUCAUUGAAAGUUCAGCUGCUUGCAUUGAGUUCAAAUGGAGACCUCCCAAAAACAAUGGAGGUUCCCCUAUCACAGACUACAUCCUGGAACGGCAGCAAAUUGGCAGAAACAGCAGGAAGAAAUUAGGUAAGACUGGCCCAGAGCCUAGAUACAGGGACACUGAUGUAGAUCAUGGCAGAAAGUACUGCUACCACAUCAGGGCAGAAACGGAUCAAGGCAUCAGUGAAAUGAUGGAGACCGAUGACAUUCAAGCAGGGACAAAGGCAUACCCCGGACCUCCUUCAACACCAAAAAUUGUUAGUGCUUUCAAAGACUGUAUCAAUCUGGCUUGGUCAGCACCCACUAAUACUGGAGGAACCAACCUUUUGGGAUACAAUGUGGAGAAACGCAAGAAUGGCAGUAAUCUGUGGGGCCAAGUCAACCCACCGGAUGAGCCCAUCAGAGAGAAAAAGUAUGCAGUGAAGGAUGUUGUUGAAGGCAUCGAGUAUGAGUUCCGUGUAUCAGCUGUCAACAUUUCUGGUGCUGGAGAGCCAAGUAUACCUUCUGAAUUUGUGAUUGCAAGAGAUCCAAAGAAACCCCCUGGUAAAGUUACUGACCUGAAAGUAACAGAUUCCACAUAUACUACCUUAUCACUGGGCUGGACCAAACCCACAGAGGAGGAAGGGGUCCAAGAUGAGGCCAAAGGUUACUUUGUGGAGCUCAGAGCUGCAGAAAACCCGGAAUGGGGUCGCUGUAACUCCACAGCUAUCAUUAUGACCUCCUAUACCAUUAUGGGUCUGAAGUCUAUGGCCAUGUACUGGGUAAGAGUUAUAGCAAACAAUGAGGGUGGAGAUGGUGAGCCUCAAGAGUUGGACAACUACAUCAUUGCAAUGCCUCCCCCAGUGAGACCUCAAUUCACUGACAAAAAAAUGAAGACCUUUAUGGUAAUGAGAGCUGGGAACGCUACUCGAGUCAACUUCAACUUUCAGGCCUCUCCACUACCAACCAUUACAUGGCUCAAGGACGGUCUUCCUGUUGCUAAGCAUGUGACUGUGAGCAACUCAGACACAUCAUCACAGUUGAUGAUCCCCUCAUCAGAGCGCCAUGACUCUGGGAUCUACACAAUCAUUGUCAAGAACCUUGUUGGUCAGGAGACCUCUAGUGUUGAGAUAAGAGUCACAGAUGACCCCAAGCCUCCAGGCCCCGUGGAGCUGGACGAGAAUGUGUCGGGAACAGUGACAGUCUCUUGGACUCCCUCUCCAGAUGAGAAGAAAGACGACAGGCUGCACUACAUGAUCACCAAGAGUGAUUCUGUUAGGCGUUCUUGGCAAACUGUGGCAGACCACCUCUUCAAUAACAAGUUCACUCUCAUCAAUAUCAUCCCGGGAAGGCAGUAUAAAUUCCGGGUAUAUGCCAGGAAUGACAUGGGGCUUUCCAAACCUUCUGAGUCAGCAACCUGGGAAGUGAAAAAAAGAAAAGAAAUGUUUGCUUUGAACUUUCCUGUCACUAAGGACUACAGCUUUGAGACGCCUCCAACGUUCUCUGUUCCACUAAAAAUGCACAACAGUCCAGAGAGCUAUGAAUGCUACAUGAGCUGUGCAGUGACAGGAAACCCCAGACCCCAUGUUACCUGGUACAGAAAUAAUGUCAGCCUCAAUACCAACACCAACUACUACAUCACUAACACAUGUGGGGUCUGCUCGAUGGUGAUACUCAAAGUUGGGCCCAAGGACAACGGGGAUUACACAGUCAUUGCAGAGAACCUUCUGGGCAGAGUGGAGUGUUCAACAAAACUUGUUGUUAAAGAUUAG